GGAACAUAAGUGUUGCAAAACUGACUCCUCCUCUACUGGGGAGAGCAUGCACAAGUAUACAGUUGUAUCACUCCUAGAGCUGCCAGGCUGAAUAUUUUACAGUCAGAGCUGUAAACCUUGCAGGAUUUUUCUUUGUUUAUCUUUCUACUUUGGGGCCUUUUUUCUCCCCUUUUCCCUCUGAUUUUUUUUUUUUUUUUUCUUUUUACAUAUGUGAAACUCUUUCAAAUGCUGGAUUUUGAAGUCCUUGUUCAGGAAGCAUUCAUGAACUGACAUGGGUCAACAUACUUUUCGUUACCAGGCAAAAGUUAUCAAGUGAUCUGACAUUCAUGAAAAGAGAGGAACAAAAAUGUUCCUCACACACAUGAAUCCUUCAGUGAGCCUUUGAUCUGGUAUUUCCUCCGGAGGAGAAGCAGGCAUCAUGAAGCAGAAACUGACAUCAUCAGUACAAAUCAUUCUUCUACUUGCUCUGACUGCAGUGGGUCUGAUGGGUCAAUCAUACCCUGGAAAACCUAAGAUAAUAAGAUGUCAUUCUCUAGAAAAGGAAACCUUUUCUUGUUGGUGGAAGCCUGGCUCAGAUGGAGGACUUCCUACCAAUUACACCCUGUUCUACAGCAAGGACAGUGAAGAAAACAUCUAUGAAUGCCCAGACUACGAAACAUCAGGUCCCAAUUCCUGCUACUUUGAUAAAAACCACACUAAUGCCUGGACAACAUAUAAUAUCACUGUAACGGCAACAAAUGAGAUUGGAAGUAACAGCUCAGAUCCUCAGUACGUGGAUGUGGCUUCCAUAGUUCAGCCAGAUGCUCCUGUGAACCUCACUCUAGAAACAAAAACAUCUGCCAGCAUAACGAACCUUUGGGCAAAAUGGUCUCCACCUCCAAUAGCUGAUGUCAGAUCUAAUUCACAUGUGUAUCACUAUGAGCUACGGCUGAAAACUGAAGGAAUGGAAGAGUGGGAGACAAUAUCUGUGGGAGUGCAGACACAGUACAAAGUGAUUAGGGUACAACCUGGGGUGAAGUAUGUUGUUCAGGUCCGUUGCAAGUUAGACCUUGGAAAAUGGAGUGAGUGGAGCUCUGAAAGAAGCAUUCAGAUCCCCAAAGGACAGUCACCUCCUGAAAAACCUACAAUAAUAAAAUGCCGCUCUCCAGAAAAGGAAACGUUUACUUGUUGGUGGAAACCUGCUUCAAAUGGAGGAUAUCCUAUUACCCACACUUUGCUUUACAGCAAAGAAGGAGAAGAACAAGUUUAUGAAUGUCCAGACUACAGAACUGCAGGCCCCAAUUCAUGUUACUUUGAUAGAAAGCACACCUCUUUCUGGACCAUAUACAAUAUUACUGUGAAAGCAACAAAUGAAAUGGGAAGUAACGUCUCUGAUCCUCAUUAUGUGGAUGUGACUUACAUAGUACAGCCAGAUCCUCCUGUGAAUAUAACUUUGGAAUUAAAAAAGUCAGUAAAUAGAAAACCAUAUCUAAUCUUGACAUGGUCUCCACCCCCACUGGCUGAUGUCAGAUCUGGAUGGCUUACCCUUGAAUAUGAGUUACGACUAAAGCUUCAAGAAGGAGAGGAAUGGGAGACUGUUUUUGUUGGACAGCAAACACAGUAUAAAAUGUUUAGUUUAAAUACUGGGAAGACAUACAUUAUACAGAUUCAUUGCAAACCAGACCACCAUGGAUCAUGGAGUGAAUGGAGCCCAGAAAAGUAUAUUCAGAUCCCAACUGAAUAUAGAGUAAAAGAUAUGGUUGUGUGGAUCGUCGUUGGUGUCUUGUCAUCUCUUAUAUGUUUGAUCAUGAGCUGGAUAAUGAUUUUAAAAGGGUACAGAAUGGUAGCCUUUAUACUACCUCCAGUUCCAGGACCAAAGAUAACAGGCAUAGAUAAACAUCUGUUACAGAGAGGAAAAUCUGAAGAAUUAUUGAGUGCUCUUGGUUGUCACGGUUUCCCUCCAACAUCAGACUGUGAGGAGCUACUGGUAGAAUAUCUGGAGGUAGAGGACAGUGAGGAACAGCAACUUAUGCCAAGCCGGGACCAUGGUCAUGCCAAUAAAAACACAAAAAUAACCCCCAAGGAAACAGACAGCGACUCAGGACGAGGGAGCUGUGAUAGCCCUUCUUUGCUUUCUGAGAAAUGCAAAGGGUCUCGCGCCCGUGCCCUUCCAUCAACACUUCAAACACAAGGUGUAAGAAAUGUUCAAGAAAACAGAGGAAAAGGAAGCUGUGAAAUUCUGUGUCUAGCCUCAGAACAGAGAAUAAUCCCUGUUAACAAUGAGAAUCCAAGAUCAUCCACAUGGCCUCCAGCUCAGUUACCUAAUAAUCAGCCUCCUAUGUUUGCCUACCACAGUACAGUAGAUGCACAUACAAUAACCCUGAGUGCCACAAAUAUGAACAUUGCACCAGUUUUGGUGGGAAAUGAAGAAAAUCAUCAGCCACAAUAUCCUAUCACUGAAACUCUCCAUGACAACUUGGAAAAUCGAGGAGAGAUGGAGAAUUUCCAUUCCAAAACUGACCAAACCACAGUGCAGAUCAAACAAAACAGACCCAAUGACCAGUCACCUUUUUUGAAUCCUAGACUAAUGGAUUAUGUAGAAGUUCACAAAGUCAAACAAGAUAUGGACCCAGCAGUAUUACUGAAAUGUAAAGAAAAUAGUGGACAAAAUGAAAAAUACACUGUUCCAGGAACCAGCAAGGAAUAUACCAAGGUCUCUACAGUAGUGGACCAUAAUAUUCUAGUACUAAUGCCAGACGCACACAACCAGCAAACGUCUGUGCCUCAAGAACCUGCAGUGGAAACACCUCAGAAUGUCCAGCAAAGUGAAGCUGAAACAGAUACGAGCUACAUUGCCACAGCCCCAAGUGAGAUGAAUAGAGAGGACAAUGGAUCAGACUACAUGGACCCAUCUUCCUUUAUGCCUCCCUUUAAAUAACUAGUAGUUUGUACAGUACAUACACAGUAUGUAUGUACAGUAAAACAAAGCCACAUAGCAAAGAAUUCCUUGAAAAAGUCUAGCCUCCUAUGUGUAUUACACAGAAAAGAAACUAAAGUGUGGUUUGAGGUAAUAACCAUGGAAGUGAACCUUGGAUCAUUCACACGUUUCUGACACACAGAAAUGAGGAAAUGGAUAUAAUCUGCUAUGAAAAACACAUUGUAAACUAAUUAUUCAGCUCUCCAGAUUUUCUAUUAACUGAUUAAAUCUGAGGGAAUACUGCAGAUUCAACAAAGAUGCAAAUCAUUACAGAUCAGUCAGUACACCAUAGUGAUCCGAGCAGUUCCUCAGUCAGUUAAAUAGUAUCUUCUUCUGAAUGCAUGCUGUCACUAGAUAAAGUUUUCUUUACAUUUUUCUCAAUCCUUAAAUAGAAAGGAGCUCUUACAUAUGACAAAUCAUACAUAAAAGAGAAUGUAUUCAACAAAUUAUGGUAAAAUAACAAAUUCUUCUUAAUAUAUUUUUUUGCUUUGGUUCAAUGUGACAGAAAAUUUGCAUCCCAUUUAUAUCCUAGUCCAAUCAAACCAAUCAUGAAAAAAAUAGCAGGACAAUAUUAUACGCCUUACUGUAUAUAAUACACAAUUCUACUCUAGUAAAAGCCCAUAUGUUUAACAAUGUAUUUUUAAAGGCUAUUUUUAUAUUGCCAUUAAAUAAAAAAAGCCAAAAUAAAAUAUUUUUUAAUUU